GCAAAAAGGCAGUCUUGAAGCCGCAGCUGAAGCAGCUGCUAAAGUUGAUGCCGAGCUUGUUGCAAAGGGCAAACUCAAACUUCCUGCUGCCAACAAACCAAAGACUGUGACUGGUGCUGGUGGGCUUCAAUAUAGAAAAGAAGCAAAUGACUUAUUUGUAGCAGAAGUGGAUAUUAACAAUGUACCCAUGGCUGCUCGCAAUAUUCUGACACGAGGCCACACACAGGAUGAGAUCAACAAGUACAGUGGAGCAGCCGUUUCCACAAGAGGCCGGUAUAUGGCACCUGGAGACAGAGAAAAAAAUAACAUGGGGGAAAGACCACUUUUUUUACACAUUUCUGGACCUAAUCAAGAAUCUAUUGAUUUGGCAGUCGCAAAGGUCAAUGAAACCAUCGACAAUGCCUACAAGAACAAGCAGCAAAAGUGGCAGCAAAGGGGAACCCGGCCGGAGGCUCCCAGACUUCCGACACGACACGAAGCCCCUGUGCAAUUUCCGCCACGUUUCCGUGGACCUCCACCACCUAUGGGCUUGCAACCGCGAUUCCCUCCAGAGGGGUUGCUAUUGCAAGAAAAAGUGAUGGUUGGGUUAGACGCUGCUCCACCAACAUUUCCUGUUAAAGAUAAAAUUCUUGGCCCAGGGGGUUCUUAUAUCACACAUAUAAUAUCUGAAACUGGAGCCAAAGUGGAACUACUUGGGAAGGGAUCUGGUGCUGUAGACCCUAUUAUGGGCAUGGAAUCUUUUGAACCAAUGCACCUGCAAAUAAUGCAUCCAAGGAUAGAAGGAUUACAAGCAGCAAAGGAACUCUGUGAAAACCUGUGUCAUACUGUGAGACAGGAAUGUGCAACUGUGCAGGAACAUGCGCAGGCACUGGCUGCAGCACAGCUGGCACAGCUCGUUGCAAACCAACAAGCUGCACAGCCCUUGUUACAGAAUGCAGGAUUGGCUGGUCUCAGUGCUGCAAUGAACCCGUCAUCAGUGCUGUCUCACACGACGUCUGCUCCAAGCCUGCUCAACACCCCACAGUCUCUGCUGACGUCUGCAUCGCUGCUACCUUCUGCUCAGGCCCUUCUCAAUAGACAGGCUCAAGCUGGAUUAGGGUCACUAGGCCAUUCUGGAUCAGCAACAGCAUACCUUCCUCGUGUUGCUUCACUGCCACAGCAGUUGUCGACAUCAACACCCUACUCCAUUGCUAUUUCAUUAGCAGCAGCAAAUAGUUUAGCACAGUCAUUCGUUUCCCUGGCAUCGUCUGGUCUAUCGUCGACUAACUUGGUAGCAGCGAUACGACAGCCGGCUGUAUCUCUGCCAGCUUACAACAGUCUUGGACAACAGCUACUGCCAUCAAAUGCUCUGCCUGGGCUGGCUGGUACUGCAGGCAGUCUCCAGCAACAGCUGUCAAUGACUCAGCAGUUACCUGCCUCUAAUCUGCCUGUAUCCAUGCAAGUUGUUCUGCCACCAAACUCAAUUGGCGGCUCACUGGCGGGACAGUAUUUUGGCCCUCGGUUCAUAAACACUGCUCCACCGCAGUCACUGGCCACACUUCCUCCUCAUUUACAGUUAUUGCAAGGCGGUAGUUUGUCCCAAGUGCAGGUUAUGACACCUGGCAACUUUGCUUCGUCACUGGCCCAGCUAGGCCCUGCAGGCACCUCUCUUGUGUCGUCCAUCUCCUCGCUGCCACAGCCAAACAUAGUCGCCGAAGGACAGCCACAGAAGCGCAGAUUCAUGGAGGAGCCGCCAAAGAGAGAUGAGCCCCUGCUUGGGUACCAGCAUGGACCACCGCAUUUGCCACACGUUGUCAAUCCACAGUUAGCACAAGUUGGACAGCAGCCUGCAGGUGUCCAAAUGGCAGCCAGUUUAGCAUCAUUAGGUUCACAGACCGGUCACUUGUCAAUAGCCGGUGUGCAGCAACAUGGCAGACUGGGAGAGGAGCAACUCCGCGCUGGUGAUAUGUCUGGGGAGCUACGCCACUUUGCACAUCCUGGACAACGGCAGGAGCUGGUAGAAUCGUCCAGUCCACAUGUGCCGCGUCACAUGCCUCCUGGAUUCAUGCCUGCCCCAACCCCACAGCCACAAGGAAUUGUAGCAAAUGUCACUCAACCACACCAGCCGCCCUCUUACGCAGGCAUGGCCUACUCUGGAUUGCAACCAGGUGUCCAUCUUCAGCAGCUUCCCCCUGCAGGGCCUGCAUCAACGGCUGCUAAUCUACUGUUGCAACCACCUCCACCACCUCCUGUGGAACAAGAUAGAAACCGUGAGGAUCUGGACAAACAUCUUAUGCUACGGCCUCCAUCUGUAGGGAACAGUGCAGCUGAGCACAACAGUUACAACCAUUACCAGGACAUGCUGCGAAGCAUAGCAACGGACAAUGGUGACCGAGGCCCACCUGAACCAAAACGCCCCAAGCUUUCCCCAGAGGAAGAGAGAGAGUGUGAUGAGCGUAUGUCUGGCAUGAGGCAGGUCCAACUAGAUGCCAGCAAGUUCCCACUCUCUCAUGGUAACAAAUCUCACCACUAUGGGGGUGACAGGCCUUUCCUGCAUGAACAGAGGUCAAGAUUCUCGGAUGCAGAUGACAGGGUCAGGUUCAUGGAACAGGACCGUUCAAUGUAUGGAGAAAUUAUAAACAGACCACCCUUUGCAGAAGAUAGACCUCCAUUUACGAGUUCCUAUGACAGGCCGCAAUAUGGACCCCCACUAAAUGCCAACCCAGGACAACAAGUACUUGCUCAGCAGCCCAUGCAAGUACUACCACCUGAGGCACAAACAAAUCAGCAAUUUCCGCCACCUGGAUACUAUUCUGACCCCAACAGACCUUUCUGGAUGGCACCACAAUAAGCAAUACAUGGCAUGGGGCAUGUUUUUUCUCCAAGAGAGUUAUAUGUAAAUUAAAUUAAAUGGGUGUUAGGACUUCAUGGUAAUGUCUUGCUUUAUCCGCGGUGGUGUGGACGAUUAUUUCCGAACAUUGUGCUAAAUUGCUAUUAUUGUUUAGCAUCAUGAUUGAAUGAUAUGAUAAUUGGUAGAUAUACCUGGCUUUUGAAUUUUACGAUCACUAGGGAUUCUUUGUGAAAUGUCAACAUAAUCAUACUAGUUUUGAUUUGUAAUAUCAACAACUUAUCAUCUCAUACUAAGAAAGUGUUUUAUACCUCUAAAGUUUAAAAUAUCUUGGCAAAUUAAUAGGUAAUAUUUCUAAGUUUCCCUUAAGGAAAAUUAUGUUUCCUUGUAAAUAUCUGUUUGUCUCUAAACAAGAAUCGCAUAGUCAUUUUUGUGGAGUUACUUGGUAGGCUCUGUACUGUGUGAUUCACUGUACAACCCGUUAUUCCUGUACACUGUGCCGAACCUGUACAAAAACCCACUAUGCAUGUAAAUAUUGGAGUAACAAUAUUCAAUUUCAUUGUUCAUAUAAUAGUUUAAUUUUGUGAUAUCCUUAUAGUAGGUUAACUAUGACAACUGCAUGAGUUGAUACAAGGAUCAGUGGUGUUACUCAAAGAUUUACCUGCAUAGCAGGUUUUGUGACAGGUUUCGUAGAUUGUGCUCAUAGCAACUAAUGCGGUCAGACCAUUUUUCCCUUCAUGGUCGGAUUAUGGUCUCAUUACUCUUACCACUGUGUCACAGUAUAAUGAAUUGUGUACCUUGUAUGACCACUAGUAGAAAAGUCGUUAUUUGUAGUUGUAUAAUGCAAUAAAAACGUACAUAAUAACAUA